UCACCCACCACCAUUUCCAACUCACUUGUCAUCUUCCCAUACAAUGAAUUUUCUCCUCCUCCAAAAAGUCUUCCUCAGCCUCAUCGCCGCCGCUGUCGCCGCCGUAGUGGUAUCCAAGAUCCGCGGCAGACGCCGGAAUAUGCCGCCAGGCCCCAUCACCUUACCGAUAUUCGGUAGCUGGUUUCAAGUGGGAAACAACUUAGACCACCACGACUUCAUCAGAUACGCCCAGAAAUUUGGCCAUGUCUUCCUCCUCCGAAUGGGCCAACGCCGCAUCGCCGUCGUAUCCUCGCCGGAGCUCGCAAAGGAGGUCCUCCUCACUCAGGGGAAAGAGUUCGGCUCCCGCUCGAGAAACAUCGUCUUCGACAUCUUCACCGGCAAAGGGCAGGACAUGAUCUUCACCGACUACGGCGACCACUGGCGGAAGAUGCGGCGGAUCGUGACCGUGCCCUUCUUCACCAACAAGGUGGUCCACCAGUACCACGGCGACUGGGAGGCGGAGGCGGAGGCGGUGGUGGAGGAUAUGAGGAAUACUCCAGCGGCUUCAAUGGAAGGGGUGGUGCUGAGGCGGCGGAUUGAGCUCAUGGUUUAUAACAAUGUGUACAAGAUCAUGUUCGAUAAAAAAUUCGAGAGCGAAGAAGAUCCGUUGUACGUAAAGCUCAAGAAUGUGAAUGGUGAGAGGAGUAGAUUGGGGCAGAGUCUUGAGUACAAUUUUGGUGAUUUUGUACCGAUUUUUAGGCCUUUUUUGAGAGGCUACUUGAAUAAAUGCAAGGAGGUUACUAGGAGAAGAUUGAACUUGUACAAGGACUCUUUUGUUGAAGUGAGGAAGAAGAUUGCAUCGACGGAGGCAUUUGACAAAAAUCGCCUCAAAUGCGGCAUCGAUCAUUUUCUAGAAUGUCAAGCGAACGGAGAGAUCAAUGAAGACAAUGUUCUCUAUAUUGUAGAGAACAUGAAUGUUGCCGCAAUAGAGACUGUUAUUUGGACACUGGAAUGGGCCGUAGCGGAACUGAUCAACAACCCGGAGAUCCAAAACAAACUUCGGGCCGAGCUGGACGCAGUGCUAGGCCCGAAUAAGCAAGUGACAGAGCCCGACACUCACAAACUCCCGUACCUCCAAGCUGUGAUAAAAGAAACCCUUCGCCUAAGAAUGGUGGUUCCUUGUUUGGUCCCACACAUGAACCUCGACAAGGCCAAUCUCGGUGGCUACGAAAUCCCUGCAGAGAGUAGGAUCUUCGUCAACGCAUGGUGGCUAGCCAACGACCCGGCCCUAUGGAAAAAGCCCGAAGAAUUCAGGCCCGAAAGAUUUUUGGAAGAGGAGUCGAGUGUCGAAGUUAAUGGGAAUGACAUUAAGUAUAUUCCGUUUGGAGUUGGGCGGAGGAGCUGCCCGGGGAUUAUGAUGGCAAUGCCUGUUCUGGGCAUCACUUUAGGUAGGCUUGUGCAGAAUUUCGAGCUUUUUCCUCCUCUUGGUCAGUCGAAGAUCGAUACCGCUGAGAAUAACGGGCAGUUUGCUACCCGGAUGUCGAAACACUCCACCAUCGUCUUGAAACCGAGAAAUAUUAUUUAAAGUUUUAGUUUCUUUAAAUUUGUAUGUAAGAUAAUAGCGAUUAUGUUGGCUCCGACAUUGUAUAUGAUGGUGUCAAUUAAAAAUCUGCAUAAAAGAAACACUACAUGGUUGCUGGUUAAAAAAAUGAAAAAUAAGGAACAA